UCGUUGCCUUUUCUCGCAUUCUGCAUUCCUCAAAGAACUUCCACUUCUAAACACCAGCAACUAUGGGUGUCCAGGAGUAUACGGAGCGCGAGUUCAACAAUGACCCCGAGUUCAAGGAUAGCGGCAGCGAUGAGCGGGCCCUUUCUCCAUCCGUGGAUUGGACUCCAGCAGAGGAGCGCAAGGCGAAGCGCAAGCUCGAUCUGAUCAUCAUGCCAUUGUUGACUCUCGGAUUCUUCUGCUUGCAACUCGACAGAGGCAAUAUCGCGAACGCCAUCACGGACAGCUUUAUGGAGGACUUGAAUAUCACACAGGAUCAGUUCAAUGUUGGCCAGCAGAUGCUUUCCCUCGGUAUCGUGCUCUUCGAGAUCCCAUCCAACAUGAUUCUGUACCGCGUCGGCCCUGGCAAAUGGCUCACUCUCCAGCUCUUCCUUUUCGGCACGGUCAGCACGUUCCAGGCGUGGCAGAACAACUAUGGUUCAUUCAUCACUACCCGUCUCUUGCUCGGUAUCACCGAAUCCGGCUUUAUUCCAGGUGGAUUGUGGACACUAUCGACAUGGUACACUCGCAAAGAAACGGCUAAGAGAGUGAUGAUAUUUUACUUCGGUAAUCAAUUUGGUCAAGCUUCUGCAAAACUCUUCGCCUAUGGCAUUCUUCACAUGCGUGGUGUCGCCGGCCAACCCGGAUGGUUCUGGCUGUUUGUGCUCAUGGGUCUCUUCACUAUUGCCUCCGGCUUUGUGCUUGGCUUCUUCCUGCCUGACUCAUUCAAGAACCCGCACAGCACCUUCCUUCCAAAGUGGAACAUCUUCUCUGAGCGCGAGAUCUACAUUCUCAACAACCGCAUUCUCCUCGAUGACCCUGCCAAGGGAAGGAAGAAGAAGUCGAUUGGUCUGCCAGCGUUCAAGAAGGCAUUCUCGAAUUGGCGCGUGUGGAUCCACUUUCUCAUCACCAUGUGUAACAACGGUCCUCAGCGUGGAUUUGACACCUAUGCUCCGUCGCUGGUGAAAGAGAUGGGCUUCGCGGGCUUGACCUCUAACGCCUUGGCAUCCGUUGGUCUGUUCGUGCAGAUCCCGGUCUCUUUCCUCUUCAGCUUCGUCUCCGACCGCUUCGACAAGCGUGGCGAGACCGUCAUCACUGGUCUGUCUCUGGCGACCUUGGCGUACGUUUUCAACCGCAGCUUUACCGAGAUUCAGAAUCAAGGUGCUCAGUACUUCGGAGUCGUCUUCACUCAGACGUUCGGCACUUUCUCUCAUCCGCUCAACAUCAGCUGGCUCUCGCUGACAUGCACCGAUUCCGAGGAGCGUGCGCUUGCCAUGGCAUUGGUGAUCAUGGGAGCCAACAUUGCCGGUAUCUACGGCGCUCAAAUCUUCCGUGCCGACGACAAGCCUCGCUACCGUCGUGGAUUUUCGAUCGGCAUUGCUGUCCUUGCGUUCGGCGCCUUCCUCGCUGUUGUGCGCCGAGUCGACGAGAGUAUUAAGCGACGACGCGCAACGAAGGAGGGCCGCAGAGAGUCUGUCUUUGAGGACGUCAAGGCCGUCCCAGCAGAGAUUCCGGCUCCUGCCCUGGUGGGCUCCGAUCUCAAGCCCGUAAUUUCACCCACUGUACGCUGAACGAAGAACACAAGUGAAAUUGCAUUAUAACAAGAUUUUACAUUCCGAACAGUCGUUGGAACGGGACAUGAGCAAUGAAAAUUAGUUAGAUGUGA